AGUUCUAAAGUAUAUAUACUUCAUAAUCAUUAACUAAUAGAUAUUUUUCUUGAAUAAAGUAAAAAAUAAACAUUAAUAUGAUUGAUUCACUUAUUGAAGUUUUGCAGGCAAACAAUCAACGACUUGAGGGCCUUUACAACAAAUAUUUUAAAUUCAAAGAAAAGCAGAUAAAAAAAGAAACUGUUUUAAAAGAGAAACUAACAAACGAACAAAAAAGUUAUAAGGAGUUAGAGUUGAAAUUUGAAAGCUACAAAAAGGAAGUUUCUUUAAAUAAAUUUCCUUUAGUUUCUAUUGAAGCAGAUAUACACAAUAUCAUUAAGGAUGAAAAAUUAGCUUUAAUUAGGGUGCUUCAAAGUCUCGAAGACCAGUCAAGUCAAGUGAAAGAUGUUCUUUUAAAUACUAUCAAGUCAAUUCAAUUUAUGGAAGAAAAAUGUUCUGUGUGUGUCAACACUAGACAAGUCUCUUUGAAAGGAAUUUUUGAUUCAGAAACACUAUCUGAAAAUUUAAAUACUGAUAUUUUUAAGCAAAAAAAAAUUGAUGAUAAUAACAUAAAAAAUCAAUUCUUUACCACAGAAGCAUUAAACAAAGAAAAUAUUGAUAAGUUAAGAGUUGAAAUAGAGGAGUUAAACAUUAAAAUCAUGAAUCUGGAACUCCUUAAAAAUACAGAAACAACAAGAUCUUUUACUGCUUUAGAUGAUGAAAAUGCUCGGCUUAAAGAACAGAAUGAAGCUUACAUUAGAAAACUAGACGUGAUGACAGCGCUGCAUCUGCAGGAAAUAGAUCAAAUUAAUUACGCGAUGCAAGAAAAAAAUAACUUAAUAUGUAGUCUUAAUUUAAAUAUUGAGAACUUAAAUGCCACAAUACAAAAAAUGAAUGUUGAUCUUGGUUCGAUACCUACUUUUAACCUACAGAUAAAUACUUAUGAGAAUACUAUUAAGGCUGAACGAGCGACUCUUGAAAAAUUAAAAGAAGAAAUGUUUAAUGUUAAUCAUUGUCUUGAGGAGUGUAAUACUGAAAACUUUAUAUUAAAAAAAGAAAUUUCCAAUUUAAAACAAAAUUCAUUAUCCGAUAUACAACAAUUUUGUAAUACUCCUUCAACAAUGUGUGAAUUUGAUGAUUUUGAUAUGAGCUCAUUUAAGGACCGACCUGAACAAUCGAAGUUUUAAGUUUAUAAGUAGUUUAUUCCCUGUAAAUACAAGGUGUGCUUAACAUGUCUAAAAAAAUGUUUAACACGUUUUAAUACGUGUUAAACAUUUUUAGACGUUACGAACACGUCUUAUGUUUACUUGGUUGUUUAAAUAUCAACGCUGGUUUGGUAUCAAAUAUAACGUUAUUAUUUUUAGUGCAAGAUUUAUUAUAGUAUUUUAUAUUUUGAGAAUACUUUACUACUUUUCUUUAA